AGAGAUUGCCUCAGCAUUUCCCAGUGAAGGCAUCCAUAUCGAUCUCAAUUAUGGCAGAUGAGAAAAAUGCCACAGGUGCCCCUCAGUUCCUUCACUUGUCAGACAUUCUCAUGGCUCAUUUCACACCCAGGCUAGCCUGACGUUAAAAGGUGCGUGUUAAUUAAUUACAUGCAGUGUUUGAAGAGGGAAGAUAUGCAGGGCUGGGCUGCCAAUGUGGUACCGAAGAGCUAGGAACAUGCCUAUUGAAGAGGGGAGGUCCCAUUCAGAAAGGCCUACAACAGCUGUGCCUUUUCUCCAGGACAGAAAGUUCUACUGAUCCUUCCUGGCUCUUCCAAAGAUGCUGAGGUGGCACAUUUUUGCUGAGUCCUCACCUUCCAUUGCUGUCCUCGGUCCAGUCUUGCGCUCUGUGUGCCAACCCCUGUGCAGCAGUGAUGUAAAACCAUCUGUGCUCCAGCAGCACCCUAGCACUUGCUAAGGGAUACUCUUUUGGAUGUGAUGUUGAAGAAAUAAUGUAAUCUCAUAAAUCAACACUUCUUAAUAUUGACUUAGAUGUUUUAUGAAAAUGUACCAACGCUACUAUUGAACUGUAUGUUUAAAAGUUUAGCUUCUCUUCCUCUUGCAAAAUGGAAACUAUCCCUUCUCUGCUUUGCUUCUUUUCAGUGCUUGUGUGGUGGCUUUUAAGUGUUCAAAAUUAAGUGCUGCUGCUGCAGGUUGCACUGUGGUUCAGAUGGGCGUGAGCAACCAAUGCUGUUCAUGUGCUGCAUUUUCUGUUUGAGGGUGUGUCUGACUUGGUGGUGUGAUUUCAGUCCAUCUGCUUUGCUUGCAGGCCAUAAUACAGCCACUGUCACUCUGUUGCUAAGUUGAUGACUGUCAGUAUUUGGAGGCAAGUAGGUAAUUAUUCAGGUUUCUCUUUCUACUGUGAUGCACUCUGAAGCACUCUGAAAUUUUUAAGAUCUAUCAACAUAAUUAUGUAUUUUUGGCCCCGAUGACAAAUUUCACUCAAAUGUAGGCUAGGGUAAGUCCACACAGUAGAUGUUUAUUUCAUGGGAGGGCACACUGGAAGUGCAAAACUAAAAGAUGCUCCAGUGUCACAAGUAAAUGGGAAGUAGUAAGGUAAGAAGUAGGUAAGAAGAUGCUAACUCCCACAGCUUCCACUGUGGGAGUAAUGAAGCGGAAGGCACAAGUUCAUAGAAAAAGAAGAAUAAUCCAAACAAAACCAAAUGCCCCUCUAAAUUCAUCUUCUCCUUUCUGAAAGCAAGGCUGUGUCAGGCACACAGGGUCCUGCUACAGUUGAUGACAAGGUGAGGAGGGGCAGGCCUGUCUGGGAAGGCUCUCCUGUGCUUGCCCCAUGGCACCGGCUGCCCAGUGGGUGUCCUGCCCUGCUGGCUAGCAGCAGUGGCCAUCUCCAGUGUGCUGAAUGAGCCACUACAGCCACCAGUGUUCUGGGCUGUGUGUUACUGUCAUUCCUACAUCACAGAGUUUGUUUCAAAUUACCCUGAAUUGUGGGGCAGACACUGAUGGGAGUUUUGGACUCAGUGACAGAGAAGGUCGUUCAGCUGGUGCUGAGCAGAGCUGGGACGCAGCUCAACAUGGUGCUUGUGGUGUGGCUGCUGUGCAUCCCCCAGUUUUAACCUCUAGGAUUUGCAGCAGCUCCAGGAUGUUACAUUCUGCACAGGCACAAGUUGACCAAAAUAAAGUCCUUCUGAGAAUGUGACAUUUUCUAUGUGUGAGACAAAGUGUAAAAGAAGAUAGGAGAAUUUACAUAAUCUUGGUUCAUCUACAAGUUCUGUUUGUGUAUGGGCUUACUGAGCAAGUUUCAAGUUGAGGCAUUUCAGACCUUGUUACUACCCUUGCAACAAAGCAAGUCUUACCUUUUUUUACACUGGAAAAACAGAUUCUUUUAUAAUCUUGCACAGAGUAGUUUAAAGAAGCCUUUGCUUGCUCUAAGUUGCUGCGUUGUUAACAGUAAAUUGCAGAGCUGAAUUGGCAAAUCUUAUUGAUGCUGCAGACUCAGUGCUUCUGACCACAAAAAUGUGAAGACUGGCAUAUUGCUGCUAUGGUCAACAUUAGUAGAAUGAAUGGACUUCAUAUGCCUGAUCUUGUGCUUUUACACUGUAUUGACAGUUGGAAUUAACAGCAGGGAAGAAAAUGUUAAAGGUUCAUAGGCAAGGGAAGCGUGACUGGCUGCCAGUAAUUGGCAGUAACCGUGAUUUAAAAGUCAAAUAAGCAUGUAGCUCCUGAAUGAGCAGAAGCGCUCCUGAAGAGCAGUUGUUUAUCUGAAAAAUUAUUCAAAUGGCAUGAUGGAGUUUCUCACUGAAUGUUGUGAUGGUUUCCAGAACUAGUUUUCUUGCUCUGAACACAAAAAGGGGGAGAGAAACCACAUUGCCAAAUCUAAAAGUGCAAUCUGGAGUCUGAAUGAAUGCAAGGGGUUUUUUAUUCCUUAAGCCUAGCGGGUGGCCAAAAGUAGAGCUUUGCUUGCAUCAGUUUGUUCCCCAUGUUGUCAGUAAUAUCCUCAGUGAUUCCUGCUCUUGUGCGUUGCAAUUUUUUUGACCGGGUAUAACUCAUAUGGCUGGGCUGGUUCUCAAGCUAAGGGCAAGUAUAUUGUCUCUGUGCUGGCUCCUCACAGAUUGUGGCAGUAAAAAUGCAGAGAUUAGAAACUGACACAGAAUAAUGCAGAAAUGAGGAAGAGGAGAAUUUCCUCACAGUUAAGUUUCUUAAUAGUACCUUUCAGGAUUUUGGAAACCUUCAAAAGUGGUGUUAUGCUCUUCUAUCACCAUAACCUAUUUUGAACAGCUACGAACUAAAAUACACAGAUUUGUCUGAUUUGGUGCAUUGUCACACCCAGCAACUGAAGGCAAGACUGGAUAGUAUCUCUGGGUCGUGCUCACGUGCAUGUGUUUACACAGCUCAGCUUUCUCCUGUGCAGGCUGUGCUGUGACAUGUGCAGGGGGAAUAGAGGGCAGAUAUUAUCGCUGCUGACCCAGUAGACAAGCACAAGAAUAGCUAUCAUGACCGCAGGAAGAAACAGGGUUUGCUAGGAGGGUAAUGGCAUAGUGAUAUCUUGCUUUGAUCAGAAAGGCACUAGACAUUCCCUGGCCCUAGGAGCACUGAGUGCCAAAAGCCGUCACACACAGAGUGUAUGCUCUGUGCCAUCUGGGACAUGGGUUCUAGGAAAGGGGACACUGGACUGGUGUAAGCUGCUACUGUGGAGUUGCUGAAGUCCUGAGGCAGGUACAGCUUACACCAUCUGGUGAUCUGCCUGAGUUCAUUAUGGCAGAGGGAUGUCUAGGAUUUCAUUCUCUACGGUGCUUUGACCAUACCCGUCUCCUUUUCCCCUUAAGAGUCAGUCAAAACAAAGCCCAUUUUAAAAGAAAUGAAUGUAGAAAACGUGAAACGUAAGGAUCUUUUACAGAGUGUCUUUUACAGUGCUGGGGACAUAAAACAGAGCAGUGGAAGAUAAGCCGUUAUGUAUGUUGAGGAAGUCUAAGAAUAAAGAUUAUAGGCAAACAGUCUACCUUUCUUUACAAGGCCUUGAUUUACAUCCCUGAAAUCUCAAAUUUAGCUAUUACAAUGAAGUCCUGUUACGCACAGAGCUGACUUUUUUAUCACCACUUAAAAUCUAAUUAAUCCGUAUCGAAGCACAAAGAUUUCUGUUGUGUUUUAGGGUGAGGGGUCAUAGAGCCUUCUUUGUUCAUCCUCAGGCUUGUAAUCAUCAGGCAUUGGGAUAUAAUUUUACCAAGCAAAUUGGAAGGUAACAGAUCAAAUCCUUAUCGGAAAGACUAACUCAUGGUUUAGUAAAGUCCUUCGUCCUUUAUGUGAAACAUUAUAUUCGUGAAGAACAAAAAAGUGCUUGAGAGCUUAUAAAGGGUUAAUAGCAAGGGCUUAUAUUUGGGGCAGCAGAGUACUAAAAUCAUCAUAGCUACCACCACCACUUGAGACAGCGGUUGUUGCAGAACCGCUGGUGCGACCUUCUUCCACAAGCUUUUAGGACUGCUUUUGCAAUGGCCUUGGUUUAUCGACCAGUGGUGCAAUUAAGUGGCAUAUUACUAUCUCUGCUGGGAUGGGUCCUAUCCUGUCUCACUACCUAUUUACCUCAGUGGAAAAAUCUUAACUUGGAACUGAACGAACUGGAGAUCUGGACCAUGGGACUCUGGCAAGCUUGUGUUGUCCAGGAAGAAGGGGGAAUGCAGUGCAAGGACUUUGAUUCUUUCUUAGCUUUGCCUCCAGAACUCAGGAUUUCUAGGAUUUUGAUGUUGUUUUCCAAUGGACUGGGGCUUUUGGGCCUCUUGUUCUCAGGAUUUGGGUUGGACUGUUUGAAAAUUGGUGAGAGACAACUGAAUCACAAGAAACGGCUGUUGCUGUUUGGAGGAAUGCUCUUCUGGAUGUCGGGGAUUACAGCUAUUGUCCCGGUUUCUUGGGUUGCCCAUUCCACAGUCCAGGAAUUUUGGGAUGAGAAUAUACCAGAUAUUGUUCCCAGGUGGGACUUGGGGGAAGCGUUAUUUGUUGGCUGGCUCGCUGGGUUUUGUCUUAUCCUAGGAGGAUCCCUACUUAAUUGCACAAUCUGCUCAACUGAACUUCGUCCAUCCUCAGUCCAUUAUGCAGUGACAGAACAGCAAGAUCAGUGUCAACACUUGGAAACUGAAACUAGGCCUUAAAACCAAAGGUUUUAAGCAGGACAGAAAGACUGCCCUAUCUUUUCCAAACUCCAGUGCAAGCCAGCACUUUGUUCCAGUAGUAAUUCAAAGGACUCUUUGUUACUUAGCUGAUUUCCUAAACUUUUUCUCCAUAACUGGUACCUGAAAAUGGUUUAUUUUCUCACCUGCUGAACUAUUUAAAAUGUUUCACAGGAGAACUUUAUUUUUCAUAACUAUGUAGAAAAGGUGUUUUUGUUUUCUCAAGCGCACAGUAAAAUUCUGAAAAUGAAUAUGUUUGUUCCAUGGCAUGUUGGCUUUUAACCAAAAUAAGCUUCCUUUUCAUACAAAGCCAAUGAACUGAGCCUCAAAGCUUGAUUCCCUGUUGCAAUUUUCCACUUGCCUAAUGCAGUGACAUGGGAACUUUUCCCCACAUCCUUAACGCUCUACAAGCACGCAUUGCCUCCAAUUGUUUUUUGUGGACAAGCAAAUUGUGCAAACUAGAGAUUUCUGGAAUGCUACCAUGAUUUGCAGAUGUCUUUUUGUGCAUGGGACAUUACGAUGUGGUGCUUUGUACCCAGGAAGUCGUGUUCGGGAUCUCAACCUAGCACAUAAAACUGCUCAUCAAGUUAUUCUGAGCAUUUUGGCAUCUGCAAAGGUGCACCAAAAUAGGUUCAGAGAAAAAAAAAUCCUUAUGCUGUCUUGUUCUGACAUAGUUACUGAGGUUUUAUGCAUCCUGACAAAGGUUUCUUAGGCUCCAUUCACCUACAAGCAACACAUUCUCAACUAAGGACCUUUGGGUUCUAACUGGCCACAAUGAGGGCAGCCUAAUUAAGUAAGUAAGAAUGUACUGAUGUGCUAUUAAAGUACUCUGUAUCUAAGGUUCUUAUUUUAAUGAGAAA